UAGAAGUCUCCCACAUGGUUGGUGCGCAUUAAAUAGAGUUAGGUUAAGAAGUUUCUUUUGUGUUGUGAGACAUGUCGUGCGAGGCAGACAAUAAAAUGGAGGUGGAUGAAGAGGCUGUGGCUACCACUGCUCGUCAGGUCUCCUCAGAGUCCUACAAGGAACAGUACAGGCAACUCAAAUCAAAGCUAAAAUAUCUCGUUUAUGAACAUGAAUGCUUUGAGGUCGAAGUUCAACGAGGCCAAGCAAAAUUGCUGGAGCUCUCUCAUGACAAAAGUUACUUGUUGGACCAGCUCAUGCGUUACGAGCCAGUGCUGAUAUCUGAUGAUGAUGACAGGGACGACUUCACAGAUCUCUCUGCCAGCGAGGAUGAAACGCUGUACUCUGACCUCUGGCAACAGCCUUCCCCCCUCAUCCCUCUGAAGUCCUCUGGCACCCCCACACCCUCCACUCGUCCCUCUGAGCCAUCACGACAGUCCAUCUCUAAAGCAGCAUCCAUUAGUAGCAAACCAACUAAGAGACAGACGAAGAAAGUGAACCAAGGAGCAGCCGUGAAGAUUGCUAAAACUGUUAUCAGAGCACGAUCAGUUACGAGUGUUACCAAGGCAACCACACGACCCAACAGAGUCAAAUCUCCGGUAGUGUCGCUCGUUGUAUCACUGCCACGCCCACCCACUGGGCUACAAGUCACGUCAGAGGGUGUGGUUACGACACAUCAUGCCCAACAAGAAGACCACGAGUCAGCAGAACCCAUCAUCACUAACCACACAUCUCCCCCACCCCUCACAAAGGUCACACUCCCCACAUCCACACAGGGGGUGCUCCCGUCCAGCUCCUCCUCCAGUGGCACCUCCUCCAGCGGGGACAGCGACUCAGACGAUGAGUCAACCACUUCUUCUAGUGAAACACGAAAUGACGCAUCAAUAGAUCGCUCUCCUGUUCAAAUGGUGGCAGAGGCUAAGACUUCGUUAUCUCUGUUACGGCCUAAGGCUAUCACUUCACCUGUCAAAACGGCACCGCCGCAUAAUAUUGAAAUGGGCGUUGGCAAUCCGCCUACGAUGCUAUCUCCCCUCAUGUCUCCGACAGGACUGGUUCAAUGGACCCCCUCAGACACUACCCCCCACGUAGGGUUCACUCUAUUAGGUCCCCCCCUGCUGAGCUCCCCUCCGUCCUCUCUCCCGUUCUCAUCGUUAGGGAAGCCACACAAGAGUGCAUUCCAACUGGUCAGCCCUCGGAGGGACUCUAACCACACCCACCCCGCCAUUGAUGGACGUAACUCUAACGAUGAACCUAUAUAGAUUAUUGUAGAAUUAUUUUAAUAUAAUUAUUUUGUUCAUUUAUUGUUGUUUUAUUGAUGUGCUUAUAAAAAACA